GCCGCCUGGCGAUUUGGCAAUGGGUCUGGUUGGAAGGCCUGGAUGAUCCCGGGAGAGAGCCACAUCUGACUGGGAGGGAGGAUGCGGUGAAGGCGGCGGAGCCACGUGGGCAGCAGGCGGCUCCCCCCCCCCCCCGAAGAAAGAAGUCGAGACGGCGAGCCUACCUCGCAGGGAGAGGAAGAUGGACGUGGAGGUCGCCGCCAGCCAGGCCGAGGAGAAGGGCGACCCGAGCCCGCCCGGCGGCUUCCAGGUCUACAAGAGGCGCUGGCUGGUGCUGGGCGUCGUCUGCCUGCUCAAUUGCUCCAAUGCCACGCUCUGGUUGUCAUUUGCUCCGGUGGCUGAUAAGACAGCCGAACACUUCCGCGUUUCACUGGACACGGUCAACUGGCUCUCUCUCGUUUACCUGGUGAUAUCCGUUCCGUUUGGGCUGGUAGCCAUAUGGAUGCUGGACACCCUUGGACUUAAGUGUGUGGUGAUACUCUGUGCCUGGCUGAACAUGGUGGGAAGCAUUGUCCGAGAACUCAGCGUCAUCAACGCCUUGAGCCUAGGUUCCCUCAACAUUGUCUACCUGCUCGUAGGACAGUGCCUCUGUGCCAUGGCCCAGCCGCUCAUUGUGUUUGCACCAACCAAACUGGCUGCUUUGUGGUUCCCUGAUCACCAGAGAGCCACCGCUAACAUGAUUGCCUCAAUGUGUAAGUAAUGACACAGUCGGGGCAGAGUAGCACAAUGGCAAGACAAAUGGGCCGUGAGCUCCUGGCUUCAACUCUCGGCUCUGCUGUGAACUUACAGGAUUGCAAGCCGCUUUCUCUCCCCUGCUCCUGUCGCUUUCCCCAGCGUGUGAUAUGUGUGAUAUCCACACACUCCCCUCAAUAAAAUUUAAUGUC